GUCCAGAGCGUUUCCCCGGCUGGCAGGAAAGCUCGUCGCUCUCGUCCAUCUGAAGGUUCAAUCUCUAGGUGGAAAGAUUGAGCAGACUAACUUCGGGUUCCUUGGCCCUUGCUGUUCACCAGCUCCCUCUUGCCUUAUGGGUGAGCAUUCUUGCCCAAGCCGCCAGACGCAGACCGUGUUUGGCCCGUAGUUCCUCGGCCCACGUGAACCAUAGGUUCUGUUACACGUUUCAAAGUGGAGCUGUGACUAGUAUUUCCAUGAGGACGAAGUCGACGCUAUUGCCCGUACGCUUCUGCAUCCCGGAGACUAUAACAAGGCGACUUCUCGCAGUUGGCCUGUUCAGAGCCCAAGGUGCCACGGUCGGCAAUACCCCCACUUCCACCCCCUUACAUAAUCAGGUGUGCACUAAACGGACCCGGGUAUAUGGAGAUGAUCUCCGCGAUACAGGCGUACAGUGAAGAGAUCAGAGAAUUGGCUGAACCUCUUUGAAGCCAUGCCGUUGAGCGGCGGCACAGAAGACUAAUGUGGGAUUAUGUUCAGUUCCGGCUAUGCGAAAGAAGAAGCCCGUAAGUUUCAGAAGCAUCCGCACAGAAG